UAGGUGUCAACUCAUUUGACAAAUUGGUAAAAUUUUGCUGAAUGUAAGGGUUGUAUCCUAACUUUAAGAUUGAUAUGAGGUAAAAAGCAGACUUGAAUAGCUUGGACAUGAUCAUUGACAUUGACUUGGCUCAACGAUACAAUGCACGGUUUGCGAAUAACAGGUCCUUGCUAAUAGCAAGCUAGCUUGUGCAGUGUUGUUGAAGACAGCUAGCUAGCUGUCUUUUAUGACCGACAACCUAUUAUUUUUACAGGCUUCAUUUUUAUCAACGUGAGACGCUAAAAUGGCGCACACAGGUGGUGCAGGAGAUGGAACCAAGGGAGAAUGUUCAGUAAAGCAUGGUUCGAGUAAUACUGGAUUGCGGAGUCGACCAUAUUCCAGCGAAAGAGAUAGCCAGGUGCGGCUUGUCAAAGCCUCACUGCAAGAGAGGUUGGGGCCGUUUGAGCCUGUGCUGACUUACCUGCAGUCCGUCCUGGUGUGGGAAAGACCAUUUCAAAGCGUUUUACUGUUCGCAGUGGUCAACUUUGUGUUUUGGUUCUUUGCCCUGUCCUCACUGCGUGUGGUCUUCCUGCUGGCCUCUGGUCUGGUGGUGGCUGUCUGUGUGGAUGUCUGGAGGAAUAAGAUCUGGCCUGAGAUCCGAGUCAAAAAACAAGAUGAAUCUGAAAAUGAAAGCUGGGGCCUGGUGCAGCCUGGGGUCGUCAGUGUCCCGGAGCUCUGCCAUCACAUGGCUGAGGUCUGGGUCUCCGGAUUGGCUUUCGCUUCAAGCGUUGUGCUGUUCAAGCAACGCAACCCUGCAAAGUUCUGUUUCCUGACCUGUGGUGUCUUCUCCUGCCUGGCCUUUGUGGGCCGCUACAUCCCCGGACUGGUGCUCUCUUACUCUGCCGUGCUGGCCGUGCUGCUGGCCCCUCUUGCAGCGUAUCACAGGGUCGUGCAGCGUGUGUGUGUGAAGCUGGAGCCAGUCCUGCAGCGGCUGGACUUCAGCGUCAGCGGCUACAUGAUGACAAAGCCCAUCGACAAUCAGUUCCUACGCAAGUCCAUCCGCAGUGCAGCCUCAGGGGACGCCAGUGACAGCGAAGAGGAGCUGGCUGCUUUCUGCCCUACUUUUGACGAUGCUGUAGCGGCCAAAGAACUGGCGCUGACCGACUCUGAGCAUUCGGACGCUGAGGUCUCCUACACAGACAACGGGACCUUCAACCUGUCCCGGGGCCAGACCCCACUCACCGAGGGCUCGGAGGACCUGGACAGACACAGUGACGCAGAGGAGUCUUUUGCCCGAGAUCUCCAUGACUUCCCCUCGAUCAACCCAGAAGCCACCCUGAUGGAGGAUGACGACGACACCAGCAUCGGCCUGCCCAGUCUGGGCAUGGCCGGUGCCCGAGGGGCCCUGCUGGAUCUGGACUCCCAUCUGGACUCCGACCAGGAAGACCUGGACGCCGAACUGUCCCUCAGCGGCCUGCCUCCCGCCUCCACCUUCGCAGACGACCUUGCUGGGGUCAUAGCGAGCAACAUGAUCCAGGCAGCGCUGGCCGGAGCCUUGCAGCCUCGCCCUCCUGCUACCCGGCGCAGAGAGAGCAAGCCCAGAGCUGCGGCCCAGCGGGCCCACCGCAAGCAGUCGAGCACUGAGCUGGACACGGACUGGGAUGUGGAGGACUUUGAAAUGCUGGAUCAGUCUGAGCUGAACCAGAUGGAUCCGUUGGGGGGUGCGGGAGGAGGACGGGGAGGAGGGCAGGGUGGGGGUCAGCAGAUGAACCAGGGCUCCAGCUUCUUGUCCAAUCUACUGGGGAAGCCACAGUGAGCUGUGUGUGUGUGUGUGUGUGUGUGUGUGUGUGUGUGUGUGUGUGUGUGUGUGUGUGUGUGUGUGUGUGUGUGUGUGUGUGUGUGUGUGUGUGUGUGUGUGUGUGUGUGUGUGGAACCUUUACGUAUGCGUGUGUGUGUGGUAGGGGGGGGAGAGAGAGAUUCUAGAUUCUAGCAAUCAGACUUCUGAUUCAGUUGAUAUCACUGUGAAGUACCUCUAAUUUCUUUGUUUUUAUAUGUGUACGGUCUGACUCUAUCUAUAGCCACCUUCAUCCUGAAAACCCUUGUUUUGUAGGCUGAGCAAUAUGAAAUAUUGUCAAAAAGUAUUGUCCACCAGCAUUCAUGAAAUGUAUACACCACCUUGAAUAAUUUUUUUAUAGGAUGCAUAAUUACUUAUUUCACAUCUAGUAAAGAAACAUGACUUAAUUCAACGUUUCUACUACAAACCCAGACCAGCAUCAUAAACCAGCAUUACUGAACUAUUCACCAAAUGUGUUGUGACUACUCCCCUGUAAGUAAUAAAUGUAUUUGGAUGACCACUCACAAGAACAAAACCAUCAAUCUUCAUCUCCCUUUUUCUGUCCGGAGGCCAAAACACACAGGGCUUUUGAAUUUGGGACCAAAUAUAACAUUCCUGUUGUUUAGUAGUUUAGGUGUUAAGCUAAAGUGUUCUAGCAAUAUCCGUGUAGUAGUUUAGGUGUGUUGUAUGGUUGGGAAACACCAUGGAUUCAGCAGUGUGGGGGGUUUGUAGACUGCUGGGGAAAAAAUGGGAUAUUCCCCAAAAGCUCCUUGGAUGAACUCAUUUGAUUGAUUUUCUGACAGAAACCGUCAUUUUUCUUUGCCUCCACAGCUUGUCUCCUCCUCUGUCCAUGUGUUGGUUUGACUUGCUUCUUGCCCUGGGUUGCUUAGCCACUGACUCGCUAUGCUAACACCAAUCAAACAAUCUGUUGAAGUUUAGACAUUGUUUAUGAAAUCAUGCUGCAUGUAUCACAUUUAUAAAAUGUUUUAUGUUUAUUAUGUAAAUGUUUUAUAAAAUGUUUAGAAAAACAUCAGGAAGCCAUGUUUACAUUGAUUGAUGAAAACAAUGCUGGUAUACAAAACUCUACUUGAUAGCCUUCCUAAAAGUGCAAAUAUGUUCAAGAUGAAACAUGCUUGUCUUUCACAUUUAGUUUGCAGGAUAUUAGGUUCUUUGUGCAGGUUGAACUGAGUUUGCUGUGAUGGGCAGACAAAACGCUCCUCCUUAUUCUGAUGUUAUAAUUUCAUGAGAAAAAUGCUAACAGGAAUCAUUUUUCAUUCAACUGGUGACAUUAGGGCUUGCAAAAAUAGCUGUAACAAAGUGAAAGCCGACUUUUAUUGAAAAGAAAAAUUGCUCAAUUACGUUAUUUGUGUUGUUGUAUAGAGAACGUUGACUGUAGGAGAUUUACUUACAAUAGGUAGAACUGCUGGCUACCCCUUUAAAUGAAGUUGGCCCAAAUCUACCAACAAGGCUAUUAUUUUUUAAGAUUGAAUUUGAUGGAUUUUAAGUAGUUUUCCUUGAGUUGGAGUUUGUGUAAACAAGAUGUCAACCCAUGAACAGGGCCUGUUUCCUCAAAUUUAGUAUUCAAUAUAAUGGCAUAUGACAGUAGUGUAUUUUCCUCUGUAAUUGGUUUUGAUAUGUUUUGAUGUGCAAAUUGUAUUAAAUAAACAGGUCUGAUUGUA